AUGGCAUACAAGUUCGUAGCAAUACUCGCUUUCGCCUCGUUGGCCAGCGGUGGCGUCAUCCCAGUUCAUGAUGUUUAUCAUCACGCCCCUGUUCUGCACCAGGCACCAGCCAAUUAUGCUGUUCCUGCUCCAGCGUACGCACCAGCUGCUCACGAACCUGUUGCUAUUCCUGUUCUUGCCAAGCAAAAUGAUGAAUAUGACCCGCAUCCACAAUACAAAUAUGGUUAUGAUGUGCAGGACGCACUCUCUGGCGAUUCCAAGAGUCAAACUGAGGAACGCGAUGGUGAUGUAGUUCGCGGUGAAUAUUCCUUGGUAGAUGCUGACGGUUUCAAACGAGUUGUCCAAUAUACCGCCGAUCCAGAGAAUGGUUUCAAUGCUGUUGUCAAUCGUGUCCCCUUGGAGCAGUUGAAGACUGUGGUGAAAUCCGUUCCGGUAGCAUACGCUCAGCCUGCUCCAGCCGUUGUUAAGGAGUAUGCUACUCCAAUUUCAUAUCAUCAUUAA